AUGUGGUCCACUGAGAGCAUGGAGCACGAGAAGACAAACAAAACCAUUUUUACCAGGGUCGAUGUGCCUGACCACGCUCACUACAUUGUCGCCUUCUUUGUCUUGGUCAUCGGGACACUGGGCAUCUCUGGAAAUGCCUUGGUUAUGUUUGCUUUCUUCAGUAACAAGAAGCUUCGUAACCUGCCUAACUACUUCAUAAUGAACCUGGCAGUCAGUGACUUCCUGAUGGCCUUCACCCAGUCGCCCAUCUUCUUUGUCAACUGCCUCUACAAAGGAUGGGUGUUUGGAGAGAUGGGCUGUAAGAUGUAUGCGUUCUGUGGAGCUCUGUUUGGCAUAACCUCCAUGAUUAACCUGCUGGCCAUCUCUAUCGACCGCUACUUGGUGAUCACCAAGCCUCUGCAGGCUUUACGUUGGAACUCCAAACGAAGAACAAUGGUUGCCAUCAUCUUGGUCUGGCUCUAUUCCCUGGCCUGGAGCCUUGCCCCUCUCAUUGGCUGGAGCUCCUAUAUCCCUGAGGGUCUGAUGACAUCCUGUACCUGGGAUUAUGUCACUUACACAUUGGCCAAUAGGAGCUACACGUUAAUGCUGUGCUGUUUUGUAUUCUUUAUCCCAUUGGGAAUCAUCUUCUACUGCUAUUUCUUCAUGUUCCUAGCUAUACGGAAAGCAAGCAGGGAUGUGGAACGGCUGGGGACCCAGUUGAGGAAAUCUACACUAAUCAAACAGAAGUCCAUCAGGAGUGAGUGGAAGUUGGCCAAGAUUGCCUUUGUUGUCAUCGUAGUGUAUGUCCUUUCCUGGUCACCGUACGCCUGCGUCACACUCAUUUCCUGGGCAGGGUAUGCCAACAUCCUUUCACCGUACUCCAAGGCUGUCCCUGCUGUCAUUGCGAAGGCAUCUGCUAUCUACAAUCCUUUCAUCUACGCCAUCAUACACAACAAGUACAGGGCAACACUGGCAGAGAAGGUUCCCUGUCUGUGGUUUCUGUCUCCCACCUCUCGAAAGGAGUGCAUCUCUUCCUCCUCCAUCAGUGAGUCCUCUUUUCGGGACUCCGUCAUCAGCAGACAGUCCACAGUAUCCAGGACUCACUUUGUAACAACCUGCCAGAUCUCCUCAGCUGAUAAGGUGUUGGGAGAUGUGAAGAUGGACUCAGUAGUGAGGAAGUCAGGUGACUCCUUCAGAAGUCCGUCAUCCAAUAGCCAGUCUAGCAGAGACAAGCUCUGUAAGAAACAGAUGGAUCAGAACUCAGCCAAGACGUAUGCAGCAGACAAGCAUCCAUCUGCUAUGAGCGAGUCAGCAAGUGGUUGUGGGCAUGAGGCGGUCUCCAGGUCUCUCACCAUGGUCACUGUUCCCCUAUUGGCCCUUACUGGAAGGCGGAGCCAGAGCCUGACCGAUGGGAUCUCACAGGACAUAGAAAAGAAAGGUAAUACCAGCAGUUGGCUGAUCAACCACAAGAGCGACUGCGUUGAGUCAUCAAGUGUUGAAAAUAACACUUUUGAACAGAAACCUCCACAGAACGUUCCACGCAUCAUUGUUAUUAGUCCUACAUCAGAGAGCAGCCUGAUCAAUCAGGAGAGCAUCCUCUCAGAGGGAAAAUGUGAGGGUACGAAUGAAGAAGAAAAGGGCAACAUCUCUUUGUAG